UGGGGUGUGAGCGUUGCUGGUCCAUCGGAGAUAAGAGAGCGCGUGCGUUUCGGUUCCUGCGGCAACAUCGCGCACCCACUUCCACACGCAUUUCCGGACGCGUUAUUUUCUUUUUCUCGCAAUCACGUUGCAUUCCCAGCCAGUCGAUCGUUCUGUCGCAGCGCGCGUUUCAUGUCGCGACGCGCCGUUAUCGAGCGAUAUCUCGCGAGUGCACGUGUGUGAUGGAUGUCAAGGAGUAGGCGUCGUCCGUGUUAAAUGCCGAAAUCAAACGUAACAUGUCAUCCUGCGGAACGACCACGGUUCGCGGAAUCGUAGUGUAUACAUAUAACGUAUACGCUGACGGAGAAACGAAACGCAACGCAACGAGGAUAGAAUCGGCGUUACCGUUCAGGGUGCGCUAAAUAAUUGAUUUCUUAGGAGAAGUAAGUACUUACGAGCAUCUUGCCUGCUCACGGCAAGAUCUCCUCGCGCAAAUCCGAUGAAGCUAGAAUUAGAGAUGUUGCCUUCGAGUAUGGUCGAGGUGCAAGUCGGGAGUUCGUCGCCGCCGCGAGAGUACGAAACGACGAGCAAGAGUUUCCUCCUGGAGACGAUGCCGGUCGACUUGCAUACCGAAACGAUAGCUUGCCGUUUCUUAGAGGCGGCGGGGGUCGUUGGACGAUGCAACGAGGAAGCAAACGAGACCACCAAAACCAUUCCUGAGAACGACUGCGCUAAAAAGAGAAUCGAAUCAGCUGGUAGCGCCAGACCCGUCAACAAUCGUCCGCGUCACAGUUUUUCCAAGAGUUCCGCGUCCCUGCAAAGCCUGGUAAGGAGAAAAAGUCGAAAACCCGGUGCGUCCUCGUUACCCUUGGAAGCGGAAUUCUCCUCGUACUCGUCGCAUCCCGGCUGCCUCAUCGAUACGCCCAAGGAAAACAUCGUCACUUUCCGCGACGACGAGGAAACGUGCACGACGACGCGUACCUCCACGCUUAUUUACGCGUCUAACGCGCAACCUUCGUCCAGAGGAGGUAGCAACGUUCAGGACAUCUCCUCGACAACGAACCUCGCGAAUGUCGCGACCGCCACCACCACCACCACCACCACCACCACCACCACCACCACCACCAGCACGAGUAACGUUACUUUGUCGGCGAGUGGAAGUCAUUUCGGUAAUACCGCCUCGUCUUUGAUAAGGACGACCAGCGUGAUCACGGCAGGACCGUCUACGUCUUCCUGGAAUAAUUCUACGGAGCAGGAGUCGGAUUACGUGGUUGAUCCGGUUCAGGGAAACGCUUACCACAAAGGACAAUUUCUUGGCAAGGGUGGUUUCGCGAGGGUGUACCUGAUGACCGACGUCAGCAAUGGAAACCAAUACGCCUGUAAAAUAAUUCCAAAAAAUCGAAUGCAAAAAAUUCAUAUGCAAAAGAUCGCACGAGAGAUUAUGAUCCACAAAGAGCUGAAUCAUGUGAAUGUUGUCCAGAUGCAUCACUACUUUGAGGAUAAGCUUAACGUGUACAUGCUUCUGGAAGCCUGUCCUCGAAAGAGUUUGAUGCACGUGCUGAAGUACCGUGGCAAAGUCACGGAACCGGAAGCACGGUAUUACAUGAAACAAAUGGUAACCGGGGUCGCGUAUAUUCACUCUCAGAAAGUUGUUCAUCGAGAUUUGAAGCCAGGAAACAUGUUCCUAUCGGAUCGCAUGAUCGUCAAGAUAGGAGAUUUCGGACUGGCGACGAGACCGGACGGACAGCGCAGACGAGUGACAAUAUGCGGAACACCGAAUUACAUCGCGCCGGAAGUGUUGUAUAAACAAGCGUACAGUUACGAAGCGGAUGUUUGGGCUCUCGGAUGCAUACUUUAUGCGCUGCUGGUGGGCCAGCCACCUUUUGACACCACCACGCUAACGGAAACUUAUGCCAGGAUAUGUAACAAUCAUUACCAACAAGUUGACGACACGAUGGCGAGUCGAAGCGGGCAGAAUCUCAUAAGAUGGCUUCUCCAACCGAAUCCUGAACUGAGACCGUCUUUGGAAAGGGUGAAAGAACACGCUUAUCUCACCAAGGAAUACGUACCAGUUUCCUUACCUCAUACCUGUUGCUACCAAAUGCCACACGCCUCGAUAAUCGAUCCCAUGGCGUCGCCCUCUUCCAACUCCACGGCUUCUAGAAAUCAGAAAUUCAAUAAAAAUCAGGUUUGGCCGAACAUAUUAUCGCAAGAAUUAUCGCAUCGGUACCAGCAACAAACAAUGCAUGUGCAGCAGUCUCAGCAACCGCAACAACAACACCACCAGCAUCAGCAGCAGCAGCAGCAGCAGCAGCAACAACAACAACAACAACAACAACAACAACAACAACAACAACAACAACAACAACAACAACAACAGCAGCAACCGCAACCGCAAUCGCAACCGCAACAGCAACAUCAAAGCAACAGAUCUCGGAAAAGUUUGCGAAAAGGGAUGAAAGUGAUCAGUUGGUUGGCCAAAAAGCUUCCGAAAGUUCCAAAAUUCAGACAACGAUUGAGCAGCGUGCUUUGCCCGGACCACAAAAAGAUGGGAUACGUGGCUCAAAGUGUGCUGAUGCACCGAGCAUUGGAGGCAUGCAUCGCCGAAAUAAAGCAUAAAAACAUGUUAGAAAAUCCACCGUCCGUAGAUGACGUUGUGCCCCUUUUCAUCACAAAGUGGAUCGAUUACUCCAACAAAUACGGCCUAAGUUUUCAACUUUCUGACAAGUCUGUCGGCGUUCUCUUCAAUGACAAUACGAAAAUUAGUUACACACACGACAGAAGAAGGGUGGAGUAUAUGACUACCGAGGACGAAGUAACGAGAUACCAUAGAGAGGACGACGUCCCUGCCGCUCUGCAAAAGAAACUCGAGUUGCUCCAACGUUUCACCCAAUAUAUGGAUAAUUACAUGACCGAAGGUGGUGAAAUUAAGGAAUAUCGAACCGUUUCGAAGCAGCCGAAAAACGUUUGCAUACCGCGAAUGAGAAGAUGGUUGCGAACAGACAAGACUAUCGUGAUGGAAUUGACGGUACCUCUUUUACAAGUGAAUUUCUUCGACGAUCAUACGAAACUGGUAGUUUCGCAAGAAUCGCCUAGCAGAGGAUACUUAAUUACGUACAUCGACACUAGCAGACACACGUCUUCUUACUGGUUGAAUGAUCUCCGGGAUUUCGGCUGUACGACUGAUCUUUACGAACGUUUAUAUUACGUGUGUAAGGUGUCGAAAGAGUUUGCAGAAAUGCAGAAUAAUACGAUCGCUUGACCAUCAAAAACACACAGGAAAGUAGGUACAUAGCUCGUUGAAACCAUGAAGUUCAUCCGGCGCAAGAAUCCGUGUCUUUCGUUCACUGCACCCGUGCAACAGACAAUUUAACGUAUUUCUUUCUUUCCUAUUCUUGACAAAUUAUCCAAGACAAUUUGUUGAAUUUUAUAAUAUAAGAAAGUUAUUACAAACAAUUACCAUUUUAUCGCCUAAAUUAUGUUUAUUUAAUCGUUGAUGAACGAUGAUCGCGUAAUUGCUUCAUUAUGUAUAUUUCGUGGUUUAAGCAAUGCAUAGGCAUUUCAUUUUAUUUACACGAGUAUGUUGGCUGAAUUUUUAUCGAAUUGUUGGAAAAAUCUUCGUUACAAGGAAAUAUUUAUUACGUUUCAUAUUUUUAUUCGAAAGAAUUCUUACGAUAUUAGAAAAACUUUUCGA